AUGGAGACAGAAAGUAGAGCAGUAGUUGUCAGGGGCCAGGGCAGGUGCUACGGGGAGCUCUUUAAUGGGUAUAAGGUCUCAGCUUUGCAUGAGGAACAGAGUUCUAUAGAUGAAUGUGGUGAUGGUAGCACAAAGUUUCACUUUGCUAAUGGCGUAGACAUUACACUCAUGAUGCUGGGAACCCUGGCAUCACUGGAAAAUGGAGCCUGCCCUCCUCUAAUGUCACCGGUUUUAGGAGAAAUGAGUGAUUACCUUAUUAGUGGCUGUCUAGUCCAUACCAACGGAACAAAUUAUGGGAACUGUACUUGGUCUCAAGAGGAACUGAAUAAAGAUAUGAUUAUCUUGACUCUGCAUUGUGUUGGAAUUACUGCCUUGAUUUCUGGCUAUCUACGAAUUUCCUUUUGGGUUAUGUCUGCAACAUGACAACAUUCAGUUUUGGGUCAGGACAUCAGCUGGUUUGAUGGCUGUGACUUUGGUGAACUUAACACUCUCAUGACUGAGAAAGAGGUCAACAAAGUCAAUGAUGGUAUUGGAGACAAGGUUUCUCUGUUGUUUCAAAACAUAUGUACUUUUUCUAUUAGCCUAGCGAUUGCGUAGGUAAAGGGCUGGAAACUUGCCCUGGUGACUCUGUCCACAGCUCCUCUUAUCAUGGCUUCUGCAGCAAUGUGUUCUAGGAUAAGUAAGCUAAUGGUCAUCUCAUUGACCAGUAAGGAACUGAGUGCCUAUUCCAAGUCUGGGGCUAUAGCAGAAGUCUUGUCAUCAAUCCAAACAGUGAUAGCUUUUGGAGUCCAGAAAGAAAUUCAAAGGUAUACACAGAAUCUAAAAGACGCAAAGGAUGUUGGCAUAAAAAAGGCUACAGUUUCAAAACUGUCUCUUGAUGCUGUAUAUUUGUUUAUGAAUGGAACCUUUGGACUCGCUUUUUGGUAUGGAACCUCCCUGAUCCUUCUUGAAGAACCUGGUUAUACCAUCAGGACUCUACUUGCUGUUUUCUUCAGUGUAGUCCAUACUAGCUAUUGAAGUGGAGCAGCAGCCCUUCACUUUGAAACCUUCACUAUAGCCUGAGGAGCUGCCUUUAAUAUUUUCCAGAUUAUUGAUAAGAAACCCAGUAUAGGUAACUUUUCAACAACAGGAUAUAAACCCGAAUGCAUAGAAGGAACUGUGGAACUUAAAAAUGUUUCUUUCAAUUAUCCAUCAAGACCAUCUAUCAAGAUUCUGAAAGAUCUGAAUCUCAAAAUUAAGCAUGGAGAGACCAUGGCCUUGGUUGGCCCCAGUGGCAGUGGAAAGAGUACAGUGGUCCAACUCCUGCAGAGGUUGUACGAUCCUGAACAAGGCAUUAUCACAGUGGAUGAGAAGGACAUCAGAACCCUAAACAUUACAGGUAACACAUUGGCGUUGUCAGCCAAAAGACCUGUUUCGCUUGGGACCAUUAGUAACAACAUUAAGUACAGAUGAGAUGAUGUGACUGAUGAAGAAAUUGAGAAGGCAGCCAAGGAAGCAAAUGCUUAUGACUUCAUAUUGGAGUUUCCAAAGAAAUUAAAUUUUUCUCCUAUGUUGGUAGGAGAAAAAGGAGCUCAAAUGAGUGGAGGGCAGAAGCAGAGGAUUGCGCUUGCUUGAGUAUUGGUUUGAAACCCUAAAAUUCUGAUCUUAGAUGAGACCACAUCUUCUCUAGACACAGAAAGUGAGUCACUUGUUCAAGCUGCACUGGAGAAGGCAAGCAAAGGUCGGACCACGAUUGUGGUAGCACACCGGCUUUCCACUGUUCAAAGCGCAGAUCUGAUUGUGGCCAUAAAGGAUAGGACAGUGGUGGAAAAAGGAACACAUGCUAAACUAAUCGCCAAAAGAGGACUCUAUUAUUCACUUGCACUGUCACAGGAUAUGAAAAAAGCUGACGAACAGCAGUCAAUGACAUCUUCUACUGAAAGAAAAGCCAGCUCUGGCAGGUCAGACUGUACUGACAAGUCCAAAGAAUCCAUCCGCUAUGAAGAGACAAGUGUUCCUAAAGUUCCCCUAUUGAAAAAUUUUUAAUUAAGCAAGUCUGAAUGGCCUUUUGUGAUUCUGGGAACAUUGGCUUCUGUUCUGAAUGGAUCUGUUCACCCUGUUUUUUCCAUCGUCUUUGCAAAAAUGGUAACUAUGUUUGAAGAUGAUAAUAAAACCGCAUUAAAGCAUAAUGCAGAAAUUUAUUCUAUGAUAUUUGUCAUUAUGUAUAUUAUUUGCUUUGUCAGUUAUUUCAUGCAGGUAAAUGUUUGGGGGAUUGUUUUUUAUGACAGAGCAGGGAAAUUUUUGUCCAUGAGAUUAAGACAUUUGGCAUUCAAGGCCAUGUUGUAUCAGGAUAUUGCCUGGUUUGAUGCUAAAGAAAACAGCACAGGAGACUUGACAACGACAUUAGUGAUAGAUAUUGCACAAAUUCAAGGAGUGUGUACAUUGUUUUUAUUUUUAAAUAUCGUGUGUACAUGUGAACCUGCACACGUGUGUCUGUGCCUGUAUGUGAGCUGUGCUGAGAUGAUUCAAAUCAUUAAGGAAACCAGAAUUGAUGUCUUCACUCAAAAUGCAACUAACAUGGUGACAGUUAUCAUUUCCUUCAUAUAUGGAUGGGAGAUAACACUCUUGACUCUGAGUAUUGCUUAGGUGCUUCCUCUCACACGAAUGAUAGAAACCGCAGCAGUGACUAGAUUUACUAACAAGGAUAAACAAGAACUGAAGCAUGCUGGGAAGAUAGCAACUGAAGCUGUGGAGAACAUACAUACCAUGGUGUCAUUAACAAGAGGAGAAAAAGCCUUUGAGCAAAUGUAUGAAGAGAUUCUUCAGACCCAACACAGAAAUACCUUGAAGAAAGCACAGAUCAUUGGAAGUUGCUAUGCGUUCAGCCACACCUUUGUGUAUUUUGUCUGUGUGGCAAAGUUUCGAUUUGGAGUUUAUUUAGUUCAAGCUGGACAAAUGACAUCAGAGGGCAUGUUUACUUAAGUCACAGGGAAGUCAUAUGGAACCAUGACCAGGGGAGAAACUCUUGUGUUGGCAAGUGAACAUUCCAAAGCCAAAUCUGGAAAGAAACCAACCAUAGACAGCUACAGUGAAAAAGGGAAAAAAACAGCCACAUGUGAACGGAAUUUAGAAUUCCAAGAAGUUUCUUUCUUCUACCCACGUUGCCCAGAUGUUCUCAUCCUUCACAGCUUGUCCCUCAGGAUUGAGAAAGGGAAGAGGGUCGCAUUUGUUGGGAGCAGUGGGUGUGGAAAAAGCACCUCAGUGUAACUUCUGCAGAGAUUUUAUGACCCUGUGAAAGGACAAGUACUAUUUGAUGGUAUAGAUGCAAAAGAAUUGAAUGUUCAGUGGCUCCAGUCUCAAAUAGCCAUCGUUUGUCAAGAGCCUGUGCUUUUCAACUGUAGCAUUGCCGAAAACAUUGCCUAUGGUGAUAACAGCUGAGUUGCAUUAGAUGAGAUAAAAGAAGUUGCAAAGGCAGCAAAUAUCCACUCUUUCAUUGAAGGGCUCCCUGAGAAAUAUAACACACAAGUUGGACUGAAAGGAGUGCAGCUUUCUGGCAGCCAGAAACAAAGACUAGCUAUUGCAAGGGCUCUUCUCCAGAAGCCAAAAAUUUUACCGUUGAUUGAGGACACUUCAGCCCUUGACAAUGAGAGUAAAAAGGUGGUUCAGCAGGCCCUACCUAAAGCCCGGAGAGGGAGGACAUGCCUGGUGGUGGCUCACAGACUCUCCACAAUACAGAAUGCAGAUCUCAUUGUGGUUCUGCACAAUGGAAAAAUAAAGGAACAGGGAACUCACCGGGAACUGCUGAGAAAUGGAGACAAAUACUUUAGAUCAGUAAAUGCACAGUCAGUGCACUGA